UUGUAGCACAGCAAAGCCCACCAACCCCAGUUGUUUCUAUUAAUUACCUGCAAUAAGCUAUGCCUCUAGGAGCCGACUUUGUCCAUCAUCUACUAUUUUUUUUUUUUUUUUGUUCUUUUCAUGAUUUUGUUGAGGCUUUGAAAUGUCAGAUACCCGGAAGAAAAAUUGAUUCAGGGUUUGUGGGUUGGAGCUAGAGAUGGGGGAGGGAGAAGCAAGGGAAGGGCGAUCCGUGGCUGAGACCCCCACUUGGGCUGUUGCAACUGUAAUCACUGUCAUGGUUGCAUUUGGAUUCUUCUUUCAUAGCUCUUUGAAACGUUGCGGAAAGUGGUUGGAUAAAACUAAGAGAAAGCCUCUGCUUGCUGCCCUGGAGAAGAUCAAGGAAGAGCUAAUGCUUUUUGGGCUUCUGUCGUUGUUGAUGGGUCAUUGGAUUGUCUAUGUGGCCAAGAUUUGUGUCAAAUCGUCCGUCUUAGGCAGCCGAUUUUAUCCAUGUGCAUCGGAGGUUGUUCGCCGAUCAGCGCAGCACAUUCUUGUUUCAAGUUCAGGUUAUUUGAAUAGCUCCUUUGUCAGAGAACAGAUGAAAAAUGGGCUGCAUAAUCAUUGUCCUCAGGGUCAUGAAUCAUUUGCUUCUCAUGAAAGUCUUGAGCAGCUUCAUCGUCUUGUAUUUGUUCUUGGCAUUACCCAUGUUUCUUACAGCGUUUUUGCCAUUGCAUUGGCCAUGAUUAAGAUAUACAGCUGGAGACCAUGGGAAAAUGAGGCUAAGUGUAUGGCUAUUGAGAGCUUACAAGACACUUCACAAGCUACGCCAGAAAAUAUAAGAAUGAGGCGACUAUCUACUUUCAUUUCUCACCGCACGUCCCAUCCAUGGAGCCAGCACAGAGGUUUUGUUUGGCUGCUUUGUUUCACCCGCCAGUUCUGGAGUUCUAUAAAUCGAGCCGACUACAUGGCCUUGCGUUUAGGUUUCAUCACAACUCAUCAACUUCCUCUAUCAUAUGAUUUUCAUAAUUAUAUGCUUCGAAGCAUGGAGGAAGAGUUUCGUGAUAUUGUUGGAAUUAAUGUGCCUCUCUGGAUAUAUGCAAUAUGUUGCCUUCUUCUAGAUUUUCAUGGAACCAAUAUUUACUUUUGGCUUUCCUUCCUUCCAGCAAUUUUGAUCCUCCUAAUGGGAACUAAACUGCAUCGGGUGGUGGUAAAGUUGGCUGUGGAAAUCAUGGAUAAAUGUCCAUUAGAGGGAUUCCAUCAGUUUAAACUGAGGGAUGAGCUGUUUUGGUUUGGAAAGCCUAAGCUUCUUUUGUGGUUAAUUCAUCUAAUAUCCUUCCAGAAUGCAUUCGAGAUGGCAACAUUUCUUUGGUCCCUGUGGGAAAUUAGGGAGCCUUCUUGUUUCAUGGAGAACCGUACAUUCCUUGUGAUCCGCUUGUCAUUUGGGAUCAUCUCCCAAUUCUGGUGUAGCUUUAUUACAUUCCCCCUCUAUGUUAUCAUUGCACAGAUGGGUUCGAGGUUCAGAAAGUCGGUCGUUUCCGAAAAUGUGAGAGAAUCACUAACUGGGUGGCAGAGGAGAGUAAAGGCCAAGCAUGGUUCCUCUGUUGGGCUCUUGAGUGCAACAGCAACUUUAUCUCCAGGUUCUGUGGGUGAUGAGAUUGGGAGAAUUCAUGAUUUAGCCUCAGAAAGCAUGGAAGGAAGCUCCUCAAAAGAUCACCAUUCAUCUUUCUCACGUCAACCAGCAUCAAUGUCAACAAACCAAUUAUAUGAAGUCUCUCUCGAUGAUAAGAAAUUAAAAACCUCGGUUUCUUCUGGUCCUGUUUGUGACAGAGCUGCCAGUGAUGAUGGUAACUAUGAUGACAGUGAUGAUGAUGAUAAUUAUGAUGGUUGUGAUGAUGAUGAUAAAGAUGACAUCAAAGAUGAUUCAUAUCUCCUUCCAAUGCCUUAAGAUUUUUUUUGUUUUUAAAGUUCAUGAACACUUGCAUAGCAUUGUAGUCAUCAGAUAGAUUGUAUUUUUCAUCUUGCUAACAAAUAGUUGUUGCUAUUGACUGCUAUAUAUCUUCUUAGUAGAUUGCUUCA